AUGGAGGCAGAAAACAAAACUAUCACAUCACCCUUGGAUGUGGAUAUCAGUACGAAGAAAGAACAUAAGCAUGAUGCAACUGUGAUUCAGGAACAAAGGAUGAGAUUAGAUAAACAGAAGCCUUGUCCCUCCAAGAGUCACAGUAACAAUCCACCAAUUUCCUUCAUCGCUUCAUCCGACCACAACCCUCUACAUGACCCUGCUCCUUCCUUCUCUCACGUCACACCAACCAGUCAUGCUGCACCCACAUCUCACAACACAGCAGCCGGUCAUACACAAAGUAUUCACCAUAAACAAUCCUACUGUCGUUCCAUGAUCAAUCCCUCUGCCUCUGGAGUAUGGAGCUUCUCCUACGGUUCUGCAUGCAGUGUGAGAUCAGACCCUCUAACAUGUCCCAUCAUCCCUGGCUGCAUAAACAUCAUAGAUAUCUGUAAAGGACACUCCAGUCUUGGCCUUACUAUUGUCGGUGGCUGCAACACAUUACUGGGAGUGAUUCUGAUUCAUGAGGUGAAUGAAGGAGGUGCUGCUCAUAGAGACGGGAGAUUAAUGGCAGGAGACCACAUCCUUGAGGUGAAUGGUAUAGACCUGAGAAUGGCUAGUCAUGAGGAGGCUCUAAGUGUCCUUCGCUUGAGUCCCCAACAUGUACGCCUUUGUGUGUACAGACACACUUCCACACACACCUUCCACAACCAAGCUACACAUACUCAUGAGGACAUGUGGGACCUUUUCACUGUGGACCUGCAGUUACAACCAGGCCAGGAGCUGGGCCUGAGCAUUGUGGGUAAAAGGUAUACACAACAUACAUAUCAAUAUUUAUCAGAUAGUUAGCUGGAUUGUUGUGUCCUGAAUAAUGCACUUUUGGUUUUGAAUCCAGGCUGCACCAUGUGACAUCAAUGGAAACAUUUCAGAAAGUCAACAGGGGCCAUUUCUGGAGCAUUGUUACCUUAUAAGACAGCUAAUGCUAGGGAUGUCUAAUACAUCCUGCUUUGUCUGUGAAUAAAUACCAAGUUCUCUCUCAAGAGGCUCUUGAGACAGAGGUGCAAUCGUAGGAGUAGUUCACAACAAGUGGUGUCUUCUUAACAUACAUCCUAGUUCAGAAGAAGGAUAGUGGAUUCCAUCUGAUUGUAGAUUUGAGAUGGCUGAACUGGUUCCUAAAAGCCCUCCUGUUCUCUAUGUUAAGGCAAUUAGAUAUUAUUCACGCCAUGCAGCCAUAAGACUAGCUCACAUCAGUGAACAAUGCAUGUUUUCCUGUUCCCAAUGCUCCAGAUCACAGAUACGUUUUGAGGUUUGCCUUCCAAGGACAGUUACCCCAUUUGAAAGUCCUACCCUUCAGCCACUCUCUAGCACGAUGGGUGUUCUCGAGAUGCAUGGAGGCAGUCCUUUUGUCUCUGGUGGCCAGAGGCAUAAGGAUACUGCCGUAUUUGAACAACUGGCUCCUAUCUGUUCCCACCAAGGAGCAGGCCAUCUGGAACACAUCCACCCUUACUGCACACAUUACAGUGCUCAGUUUCACUGUGCCUGCUCUAGUACCAAAGCAGGCCACACAAUUCACGCGUAUGAAGCUAGAUUCAUUGAGAAGCCAUGCUAGCCAUGCUCUCACCCGAACAUGUGGCAGGCAUUAUCUUGCUCACAAAACAAAUUUCGCUGGGUCACUGUAUUGGCUCCUGCUGAGGAUGCUAGGAUUAUUAACCGCAGCUGAAACACUAAUCCCCUUGGUCUGGUUGGAAUUAAGGAAAUUUCAGAAUGAGUUAUCAGCCUGGGAAUAAACCCCAAAAAACCCUCAUCUCAGUGAGACGGGCACGAGUGCUAUCUCUCUGGAGCCACGAGGCUCACGAAAGUGGUCCCAUCUGGGAGUGCUUGGAGAGUGGUAUCUAUAUUGAGAAGUGGUGUCCCAGAUUGGGAAAAGUUUGGCAGGACACAGGUGGAUCUGUUCAACUGUGCCAAAUUGACUCACUGUCGACUGUGGGUCUCUGUGUUGUUUCUGCCCACAUUGCACAAAAGUGAGCUAUCAGAUCACAGAGGCCUACUUGUUUCGCCAAAGUGGCCUUUUUGUUGGGUUAGGGUUAGCGCCUAUUUGCACCUGUGCUUAUGGCUUUGACCCCUCAGA